AUGAUGUCAGGUUCAGAAGCACCAGCUACAUAGGGAAGAAUACCCUCUGCAAUUGGUGAUCAACCAACCCUUGCAAUGGAUAUGAGAUUGCUCCAAGUAAGAAUUACUUCAACUAAGCAUGGAUCAAUUACCUAAGUUCAGGUUAUUGACGUUCCUGCUCAACUGACGAUUUAAUUGACCCAGCUCCAGCUACAUCUUUUACUCACCUUGAUGUAACAACUGUAUUAAGUAGACAAAUAGCUGAUUGGUAUUUAUCCAGCAAUGGAUCUGUUUGAUAGUAAUUCUCAAAUUCUUUAUCCAAUGAUUGUUGUAGAUAAACAUUAUAAAGUUGCUAGAAAUGUUUAAAGGUUAAAAAACGUAUAAGUUUAGGUAUGGAUGAACUUUUAGAAGAGGAUAAGAAGGUUUUGAGUAAACAUUCUUCUUAGCAUGGACGUUAUCUGUUCUCUAUUCUUGUUCUAGAUUCUUCAGUUUUUUCUUCUUUUAGUAAUUUAAAACAAGAUCGCCCUAAGAGAAGUUUUGGCGCUUCAAAUGCAGGUAAAUUUGAAAAUUAAUAUUACUUUCGCUAAGUAAGUUUAUAAAUUAACUAAGUUGCUUAUCAGAGAACAUUUGCUUAGUGGCUUGAAAUAAUGGUGUAUUAUGCAUUAAGGUAUAAUCUUUAUUUUCAUUAAAGUAACAUUCCAAAAAGAUCUUUUUGA